AUGUCUUUCACUAAAAUCGCUGCUUUACUAGCUGUUGCCGCCGCCUCCUCUCAAUUGGUUUCUGCUGAAGUUGGGCAAUAUGAAAUCAUCGAAUUCGACGCUAUCUUGGCAGACGUCAAGGCCAAUUUGGAACAAUACAUGUCCUUGGCAAUGAACAAUCCAGAUUUUUCUCUACCAUCCGGUGUUUUGGAUGUUUACCAACAUAUGACCACUGCCACUGAUGAUUCUUACACUAGUUAUUUCACUGAAAUGGACUUUGCUCAAAUCACCACUGCUAUGCUUCAAGUGCCUUGGUAUUCUUCUAGACUAGAACCUGAAAUCCUCGCUGCCUUACAAAGUGCAGGUAUCAGUAUUACCUCUAUAGGUGAGGAUGCUUCCGAAUCUGCUACUGCCACCUCAGAUGCAUCUUCUGCCUCUGAAUCUUCUUCGGCUGCUUCUUCUUCUGCCUCUGAAUCUUCUUCGGCUGCUUCUUCUUCUGCUUCUGAAUCCUCCUCAGCCGCCUCUUCCUCAGCCUCUGAAGCUGCUAAGUCUUCUAGCUCUGCCAAGUCUUCUGGCUCUUCUGCUGCUUCCUCCGCCGCUUCCUCCGCUGCUUCCUCUGCAUCUUCCAAGGCCUCUUCUGCUGCUUCUUCUGCUUCUUCUAAAGCCUCUUCCUCUUCCGCAAAGGCCUCCUCUUCUGCCGAAAAAUCUACUAAUAGUUCCUCUUCUGCUACUUCUAAGAACGCUGGUGCAGCUAUGGACAUGGGUUUCUUUUCCGCUGGUGUUGGUGCCGCUAUUGCUGGUGCAGCCGCUAUGCUCUUAUGA